GAUACAAUGAACCACUCUUCAAUGACUGACUUCAUCCUUGAAGGACUAACAAAACGCCCAGAGCUUCAGGUCCCACUGUUCAUCUUGUUUCUUGUGAUAUAUGUGACCACAGUGGUGGGAAACUUGGGCAUGAUCCUUUUAAUCACCGUCAGUUCGCAACUUCACUCUCCAAUGUAUUAUUUUCUCAGUCACUUAUCCUUCAUUGACCUCUGCUACUCCUCUGUCAUCACGCCUAAGAUGUUGGUGAACUUUGUAUCUGAGAAGAACAUCAUCUCUUUUUCGGGUUGCAUGACUCAGUUUUACUUCUUCCUCCUUUUUGCUAUUGCCGAAGGCUACCUCCUGACAGCCAUGGCCUAUGACCGCUAUGUUGCCAUCUGUAGCCCACUGCUUUACAACAUUGUCAUGUCCCAAAGGGUUUGUUCCAUAAUGAUGGCUGUGGUAUACUCACUCGGUUUCUUUGGGGCUACUGUUCAUACCACACGCUUGACAAUGUUGUCCUUCUGUGGGUCUCAUAUUGUCAGCCAUUAUUUUUGUGACAUUCUGCCCUUGUUGUCUCUGUCUUGCUCCAGCACCCAUAUCAAUGAGAUACUGCUAUUUAUUAUUGGUGGGAUUAAUACCCUAGUGCCCACACUGGCUGUCAUCAUCUCUUAUGCCUUCAUCCUAACUAGUAUUCUUCGUAUCUACUCCACUGAAGGACGUUCCAAAGCCUUUGGCACUUGUAGCUCCCAUAUUUUGGCUGUAGGAAUCUUUUUUGGGUCUAUAACGUUCAUGUAUUUCAAGCCACCUUCCAGCAGUAAUAUAGAAGUAGAUAAAGUGUCCUCUGUGUUCUAUACCACAGUGAUCCCAAUGCUGAAUCCCGUAAUAUACAGCCUGAGGAACAAGGAUGUAAAGAAUGCACUGAAAAAGGUGGUUGGUGGAAGGCAGUCAUCUUAA